ACAGUUUUUCCCUGCUGGCCUGUGUUAGCGAGGGAAAAUCGGCAGCCGUUACUGGGGACAUGCGGCACAACGGGGAGCACACCAGCAAGAGCAAUAGUUUGUGAAGUGAUUUAUUUAUAACAUCGACAUUGCGUUGGUGAAGUGGUGAGCAAAAAUGCUUGCUCCGUCUCGCUCUCUCAGUGUGUCUCAAAUGUGCAGCCGAAGCAAUUUUCUACGAGUGAUUUUUGUUUUCACUUGACAGACUUGACGCACCAGUCGACGUCUGGUUGUCCCACGCGGGGACGCAGUGUCUAUGUGCGUGUGUGUGUGUUUGUGCCACCGGGAAAACAGCUCGGUGCAUCAGUGUUUCCCAUACUCUCAGUGCGUCAGAUAAGCCCCAAACAUAAUCUCAACGCCAGAGAGGAUGCACUGUGAUUCCUUAGGUCCCGCUGCUCGGUGCGUUAUGGUGCGACUUGUGGCGUGAUAACGCAUCACAGUGCGCGACAGUGCGUGACACCAGUGGUUGUUCGUGUCCACAUCAGAUAAAUGGAAUACCGUUUUGUUGCUCAAGGAUCCUAGUAGCCACGUUCAUCACACAACGCAGCAGGCUGUGCAUAGAUGAUUUGUUUAGGUUUUAGUAGGCUGGGAUCGUUUAGUCGUAAUAAAUCUGUUCCAUUGAAGCCUCCAAUAUAGUGUUUGCGGUAGCGCCAUAGUGUCAAUCGGAGUAGUGUGUCAAAAAGCAAUGAGCAUACACUAUGAAACCCUCGGUGUUACAGACACUGCUCGAGCCCGCGACAGCACUGGCAGGGUUUGGUAAGAAGCAGGCCCGGCAGCAACAUUCCACCUGCACCAACAACCGGCGCGAUGGCGCCCGCGGCGGUCUCCUGCACCAGGACAAGUGUGGCCGGGCGCCGGUCUACGCGCUCGGGCUGCUGUUUUGCGUCACCCUGUACCUGUACUUCACGACCACCGCCUGGCCCGACACGACCCAGAUGAUCGUGACUAUACCCGGGGAUGAUGCUGACCUGCCCGGACCAAAAGACCAAAUUGCAACAAAAUGCACCACCAACCACCAGCAUCACGAUGCUUCACAAGCGAGCGCAGACGAACUGCAACUCACUUCCAAUCGAAUUAUUCCGAUCGUUCCUCAAACCAAUGCAUCCAUCACUGCUGUCCCGGGUCCAAUCGACCACAACCCUCUCAUCACGAAUUCGGCUGCAAUUGAUCAUGCAACGGUGGCUGGGGCUUCAUCCGUUCCUACUAACCUGACCGCCGAACCGACCGAUCCGUACGCUCCAGUGCCAAAGGGGUUCAUUGUGUGGGGACCGGGCUGCCAGAUCAUGGACCUGAACCCGGUGGCCAAGGACGUGAUGCGGCUGUUCAGCAAGGAGCGGUUUGUGCCGUGCAGUCCCAAGCAACCGCUCACCACGAUCGAGCAGAACUUCGACAACGACACGGUGCUGGUGCGGUUCCAUCGCGAUCGGAUGGAUGCGUUUAUGCCGCACUACAUGCGGUACGUACGGUGCUGCUAUCAGAGCAUCGAACGGUCCGGGACGAAGGAUAAGGCUGAUAAGAAUUUCUGGGUUGGAGAAUGUAUCGCAUUCAACGAAUCGUUCCUGGUGCCACCGUCCGUGCGUAAUGGAAUUCUAAUCCGAUGCAAAGCCGGUGUGUCCGAGUCGAGCAAGUCGAAAAAAGCCAUCUACACCAACGUGCAUGCGCUGGUACGGCCGCAGCCGAAUGUCCGGGAGCGGAUUGAUAAGUUUGCCGGGCGUACGGAAAAGCGACCGCUCAGUGUGCUCAUGAUCGGUAUUGAUAGUAUCUCGCGGCUGAAUCUGAUCCGUGCGAUGCCUCACACGGCGCAGCAUCUGUACGAUACCGGGUGGUUCGAGCUGAAAGGCUACAACAAGAUCGAUGACAACACCUACCCGAACCUGAUGGCAAUCCUGACCGGCUACAACAACUCACUCGCCUACUCAAUCUGCAACCCGAAAAAGGUGGGCCAACUCGAGGAGUGUCCGUUCAUGUGGAAAUACUUUGCCGACAACGGGUACGCAACGGCGUAUGCUGAAGAUGAGGCCAGUAUCAACACAUUCAACUACCACAAGUAUGGCUUUGUAGCACAACCAACCGACCACUACUUCCGACCGGUAGCACUGGCCGCGGAGAAAAAUCUAUCCAAAAAGAUGAAAAACUCUCUCACCUUCUGUCUCGGGUAUCAGAACUAUGCCGACUACAUCUACCAGUACGCGCUCGACUUUGCGUCGCAGUACAAAAACGAUCCAUACUUUGGACUGUUCUGGACGAACACGUUCAGCCACAACGAUAUUAGCGAUCCGUCGUCUAUGGAUCGCCGAAUGAAGUACUACGUGGAGCAGCUGGAUGAGCGAGGCAUUCUUAACAACAGUAUGGUGGUGUUCUUCAGUGACCAUGGCCUUCGCUUCGGACCUGUCCGUAUGUUGCUCACCGGUUGGCUCGAGGAGCGUUUACCGUUCAACUUUAUCUGGCUGCCGGACUGGUUCCGUGAGGAGCAUCCGGAAAUCGUCCAAGCACUUAAGAUCAACCGCAAUCGACUGACGAACCCGUACGAUCUGCACGCCACACUGAAGCACGUGCUGGAGCUCUCGGGGCGCAUCGAUAACCUGCCCGGUCCGCUUAGCUGUCCCAACUGUCAGAGCAUCUUCGUGGAAGCACCCUGGAACCGAUCGUGCGAAGAAACGGCAAUCGAAUCGCACUGGUGCACCUGUGCCAACUUUCAACCCAUCGACAAACGCUCCCCCAUGGUGCAGCGUGCGAUCGCGUUCGUGAUCGAUUACGUGAACCGUGAUCUGGAGGACCAUCGGAACAGUACUACGUCCAACUACGCUUGCGCUAAGCUAACGCUCGGCUCGAUCACGCUGGCGAAAAUGGCACACGAACCUAAGGGCAAGCUACCGUACAAGGACUAUCUGCUGAUCUUCGAGGGAAAGCCGGGCGGCGGCAAGUUUGAGUCCACCGUCCGACACUACCAGGAGCGAGAUGCGUUCGAGAUUACUGGAUCCAUUAGCCGGUUGAAUGAGUAUGCUGCCCAGAGCGAGUGUAUGCAUAUAGACUACCUACGGAAGUAUUGCUACUGCCAGCGGACGAAGAUUUUCUAGCCGAGGCUCGAGAACGACCGGGCGUAUAUAUUUGUAGUGAAAAGAUUAGAAAUGUUUUUAUCGCGGCCUAAACUAGCACCGAUGUCCACCUCUAGCGGGGGCAUUCCAGUUUUUCAAAAGCUUAUAAAGCUAUUCUCCUAUACCAUUCCAGUAUCCAUUGUUGAAUAUCGGACCUUCCUGCCUUUUUGUUUUGUUGUUGGUUUUUACUUCUAAAAUAAAUUCCUACUGUUAAAGCUAUUAUCCAUCUCCCAUCGCUGUACUACUUCCAACAAAAAAAAAGUUAUCGAUACGUUAGAAAGGACUCGCUCAUAGUUUAUAUGAAUCUAGUUACGAUAAACCUAGUACCAAAAUCACUUACAAGAAUUUAAACGAAUCAAUCGACGUUCCUUUUGUGUAGAGAAGGUGCUAAGCUGUUUGCUGAGCCUCGUGUAUAGGAGGGAUAGGCGGCUGGGUAGAAGCAAUCUGUGCCAAGAAGGAGAAGCAUGGCGGCAAGAACUCUAGGAAUAGGAGCAGCAGUAGUAGUAGGACCUAAGAACUGUAGAAUCGUGAUCAGUAGAACAGUAUAGUUGUGAAAUUGAACGAAGAACCCGAUAGCAGUAAGGUGAAGCAAUGCAAACGAAUUGAAUUCGGCAGGAUAUUGCUAAUGCGUACAGUGACAGGUUAGUAAAUACGGUUGAGAGUUUCUCGAUCGGGGUUUUUUUUUUCGGAGGGCGAUCGAUCGGGCAGAUAUUUUGAACCACUACUAUUAUUGUUACGGUAGACGGGAUGUGAGUAUUUUCUUUUCAGUUUUUACUUAUUAAACGAUCGUGACACACACACACACAACGUUAGCAUUAGUUAACUUGAUUUAGCGUGGACCAACAGGCAUGCUAUGCUAGCAGUAGCGGCGGGUUGCAACGAAUGUCACUCUUGCAACGAACGAGCUGAGCCAGGGAUGUUAUUUUGGGACAUGGGCGUAUACAUAUAUCAUAAUCGCGGACAGGCGAAUGUUGUGACCUACAGGGCGGAGGAGUAUCCCUUAGGAAGUAGAGCAAAAUUUACAUUCAUUCUGAAGUAGGCUUUCGACACGAGGAUCAAUGGAGGCAGUGAGAUGGGAGGACCUCGAAAGCAGCGCACAAGACACGAGAAGUGGUGAGAAAAUAAAAGCUAGUGAUUAUCUUUAACGAACAAUAGAGUCCAUAAGAUGUGUCCGCGGCACUGUAAAUAGUUGAUGAGUAUUGCUGGCACUGUUGGCGGCCAGCAGUCUUUAGUAGUCAAAACCCCUCGAUAUACAACCGUUAGUGAGGACAGAAAAUCAAACAAAAAUGUGAAGCGAAGAAAAACACUCAAACCAGAUGAAUACUAUUUUACCGUGUUUUGUUAUUUAUCAACGAUUGGACCUAUUACGGACAAAAGUGAAGUGGAAAAUGGUUAAAUAAAUGGACUUUGCAGAUCAUGAA